AUGAAAAGAUUGAAAAGUCAAAAUAAAAACAUAUCAAUACAAAACAAAGCAUUAAAUUAAUAAUAAAUAAGGAAUAAUGUGACUAAUAUUAUGGCGCCGCCCAAACAACAGUUUGAAAUCGUUUUGCUGUUAAUAGUUACUUUCUCGAGCGACAUUAUUUCAGGACAGUACGACGAGUUUGCGAGGUACCCAGGUGGAUAUCCGCCAAACAAACAAAACCCAUACAAUGAAUAUGGCCCCCGUUUGCCAUACGGCCCCAACGACAAAGAUUACAGGACCACGUACUUUUAUAAAGGCAGGCGAUAUGGACAGAGUUUUGGAUCAGAUUAUAACAACCAAGGAAGGUUCGGUGAUCCCAGAAUCAGGGGACAGGAUGAAAGAUUCACAUAUGAUAGGGCGGGCAACGCUGAACCAAUUUUGCCCGGCAUACUGAGCGGCUGGAGAGAAGACUUACAGGGCAAAAGACGAGAGCAAACGAAGGAGAAGCAGAGAGACAUCUUCGUGGAAACCACCUAUGGAAGCGUGCAAGGUUUCCAAGUGUACUUGUUCGACAACCCCGAUCCAGACUCACUGUACCGACCUGGUGCCGAGUUCAUCGAAAGACAACAAGGCGUCACCUCGGUGUUUCUGGGCAUACCGUAUGCACAACCUCCUGUAGGAGAGGGCCGAUUCAAGCCACCAAGACUGCACAGAGGAUGGCAAAUAAUGCAAGCAGUCGAUUAUGGACCGGCAUGUCCUCAACCUGCUAAAUAUACCGGGGCCACUAUGGGUGUCAGAGACAUGGACGAGGACUGUUUGUAUCUCAAUGUAUUCACACCAGAUCUUACGCAAGGCACCGCCCAAAAAUACCCCCUCAUGGUCCACAUCCACGGCGGCGACUUCAUCCACGGCUCCUCCAACACCUUCCCCGGCCACAUCCUCGCCACCUUCUACAGGGCAGUCGUCGUCACCUUCAACUACCGCCUGGGGGCGCUCGGGUUCCUCAGCACCGGUGACGUCAACUCGCCGGGCAACUACGGCCUGCUGGAUCAGGCGAUGGCCAUCAGAUGGGCGUACGACAACGCGGACAAGUUUAAUGGCGACAGAGACAGUUUGACGUUGUUUGGGGCGGGGGCUGGGGCUGCUUCAGCAGGGCUGCUCAUGGUGGCUCCAAAAACGAGGCAUAUGGUGUCGAAAGUGAUCGCGCAGAGUGGAUCUGCUCUAGCUGACUGGGCGAUGACCUUCGAUCGAUACCGCGCCCAAAACACGAGCAGAGUCUUCGGCAGGCAGAUCGGAUGCGGCAUCGAGUCGUCUUGGAAGCUUGUCAACUGUCUAAAGAACUCCCGGAGCGCCUUCGAGAUAGGCAACGCCGUUUUUCCGCCCGACGUCGGACUGUUUCCUUGGGCGCCGGUGAUAGACGCUAACGUCACGAUGCCUUACUAUGAGGGCUGGCUGGAGGGAGACUGGAAGUUCAUGAGCGAGGGCGCCGAGGAGUUGAUGAAAAAGAGGGCGUUCAAUGAGGGGUUGAGGUACAUGACGAGCGUGACGUUGCAGGAGGCAGCCAGUUUUAUAACUACCAACAAAAGCUUAGAACCGAAUUUCAUUGUCAAUGAAGAGUUUUUCGAUCAGAAAAUAAGAGAACUGGUGUUGAGAUACAAUUACACCUUGAACCCCAACGGUACCUUUGAGGCCAUCAAAUACAUGUAUACGUAUUGGCCGGAUCCGCACAAUGUGACACAUAUCAGAGAACAAUAUAUUCAAUUGCUCUCGGACUUCUUAUACACCGCCCCAAACGACAAAAUGAUCAAACUGUUGGUGGAGCAAAACGUGCCGGUGUAUAUGUACGUGCUAAACACGACGAUCGAAUCUUUCAAAUGGGAGGAGUGGAGAAAGGUGCCCCACGACACGGAGCACUAUCUGCUCUGUGGCGCACCCUUUUUAGACGUGGAAAUGCUACCUUCGAGGGAGCGAUUCGUCAGAGACCAGUGGACGAGAAACGACAGGAAUAUGAGCCAUUUCUUCAUGAAGGCUUAUACAGACUUCGCGAGGUACGGCAAUCCAUCGCACACUCAGAUAUUAGGACUGCAUUUCGAGGAGAGCAAACACGGUCAGCUGAAGUACCUGAAUUUGAACACGACGUACAAUUCCUCCAUAAUGUGGAACUAUCGGCAAACAGAAACGGCCUUCUGGACGCAUUACAUACCGACCGUGGUGGGACACUUGGUGCCUACCUAUCCACCGACGACCGAAUUUUGGUGGGAACCUAGCACACCUCUUCAAAUAGCAUUCUUCAGUAUCUCCGGAUUCUGUCUUCUGCUGAUUGUUCUAUUAGUUGUUUGCUGUAUGCUGUGGAGGAACGCAAAAAGGUCCUCCGACAGAUACUACAACCCCUACCUCUACCCGUCCAACGACGGCGACCUCGACGCCGACCGCGAGGGCAUCGUCAACCAUCGGGCAGGCGCCGAGCCGCCCGAGUCGAGCGAGUUCCUCGACAAGCGGUCCUCCGACAGAUACUACAACCCCUACCUCUACCCGUCCAACGACGGCGACCUCGACGCCGACCGCGAGGGCAUCGUCAACCAUCGGGCAGGCGCUGAGCCGCCCGAGUCGAGCGAGUUCCUCGACAAGCGGUACGGCCGCCCGCCCAGCAGCGCCGGCUCCCUGCAGGGCAGCGUGUCGCUGAAGGAGAUGCAGGGAUUCGUGAGCAGUAGCCCGAACGGGCUGGCGAGAGCGAGGGGCACGCCCGUGUUGCCGGUUAAGCAGAAGGGCGGCGUGCCGAUGGGCGUACCGCAGACGGACGUCUAGGUUAGGUUAGAGUUCGUUGAUUUACUUGACACUUUUGUUUCGACUUUUUUGUAUGUUUAAUGCACAAAAACCAUGGCCACCUGCAGCAGGGUGCGCUAGACCACUGAUAGAUAUCCAUGGUGAUAUCUAGUUAUACAGGGAGACCAACAAACUUCUGCAAAAUAUUGAUGAAUUUAUGGGAUUUUCUUUAUCUCUUUUUCAUAUUGCUCAAAAUGGUUUUGCAAUUCUACAUUUUCUUUUUGAGAUUUCAAAAAGAUUUACACCAAAAAAUGUGGGAUUUCGUUUAUCUGACGAGGCAUAUUUUUCAUUGCAGCACUAUUUCAUUGUAAAAAACCUUGGAAAUAGCGCUACGAUGGAAAAUAUGUCUCUUGAGAUAUACAAAAUCUCACAUUUUUCGAAAAAUAUUUCUUUUUAUUACUUGAAGGGAUAAGGAUAAUUUGCAAAACUAUUUCUAGGAAUACUCUUGAGCAUUAUAAAAAUAAGAUUGACUAUUCCACUCUUGGUCUCUAGGAUCAAUCAGAAUCGGCCAUUUCCACGGUUUCUUCUGUAUUACAGCGAUAUUCUUUUGUUUACUAAAUUUUAUCGGACUUGCUCUACCAAUACUCGACCCACACGUGACCAACCUUUCUCGUUUUUCAGCGAUGAAAUUUUGGACGUUUGAAACGUCCAUUAUGUUGCUGCUUUAAUUUUGCUCAUGACAUUGUUCCAAAACUUCUCGCCUACGGCUCGAAAGUUUUGAUAAACAAUGUCAUUCGGCGAAAUUAUUAGGCAACAAGCUGUCAUAACAAUCGCCGAAUAUUUCCGGUACAUAUUAUGAAAAAAUUUCCAAAAAUAUUCCAUCAAAUUGGGAACAUGGAGAAUACAUACAUAUCCCUAAUGAAUUCAAUGAUUCAUCUUCAAAAGGAAGAAAACCGCAUCGGAAUAUGUACAGGGUG